UGAGCUUGAACCUUGAUGCAAUAGACUCUUUAUUUCUUUCCCUUUUCUUCUUCUUUUCCUUCAAAAAUGUACCACAACAACUCUAUCCGAAUCUUGACGGGGAACAGUCACCCCGAGCUCGCCCAGGCAGUGGCUGAGCGGCUAAACGUACCCCUUGUGCCGUGCACAGUCAAAAACUUCUCCAACGGAGAAAUCAACGUCAGGAUCACAGAGUCUGUUCGAGACGAAGACGUCUUCAUCAUCCAAUCCGGCUGCAACGACGUUAACGACCACCUAAUGGAACUUCUCAUCCUCGUCUCCGCCUGCAAGACCGCCUCAGCCAGGAGAAUCACCGCAGUCAUCCCCUGUUACCCCUACGCCCGCCAAGACAAAAAGGAUAAAUCAAGGGCCCCAAUAACUGCCAAACUCGUCGCCAAUAUGUUGACUGUGGCGGGCUGCGACCAUGUUAUCACGAUGGACCUCCACGCCAGCCAGAUCCAGGGCUUCUUCGACAUCCCAGUAGACAACCUCUGGUCGGAACCACUAAUGAUUGGCUAUAUCAAACGUUCGAUUCCUGGCUGGCAAGAAGCUAUCGUAGUCUCUCCCGAUGCGGGUGGUGCGAAGAGGGUCACUGCUAUUGCCGACAAACUCGGGGUCGAGUUCGCCCUCAUCCAUCGGAAACGGGCUGGAAAGUCCCUUACUGCACCAGAGAGGAUGGAGUUACUUGUUGGAGACGUAGAGGACAAGGUUGUUAUCCUUGUCGACGAUAUGAUCGAUACCGGCCGCACUUUGUCGUUGGCGGUGCAAACGCUUCACGAAAAGGGAGCUCGUGAAAUCUACGCGCUUAUCUCCCAUGGUCUGCUCUCCGGUUCGGAUCUGGAAGCGCUGAACGAGCUGCCCAUCAAUAAGCUGGUGGUCACAAACACCAUCCCACAAGACAAGCACCGGCACAUUUUGACCAAGCUCGUUACGGUCGACGUCAGCCCAACCAUCGCUGAAAGUAUUCGCCGCACCCAUAACGGCGAGAGUAUCUCCCUCCUCUUUGGCGAGUGGGCCGAGACCAUUGGCGUGCAGACAAUCUAG